AUGCCGCCACCGCUGAGGUUCCCUGGCGGGCCCAACACCAUAUCGCCCUACCACCAGCAGUUCCCCUCGCACACCCAAGGCCACGGCGCGAAUCAUGGGCCUCCCCUCGGAGGCAACCCCUCCUACCUCAACGCCAACGCCCAAAUCAGCCCCUUUUCGACGAACGGAAACGUCCUCGGCGGCACCCCUGGCCUGAACGGCGGCUUCCCUCUUGGCGGCGACAACGGUCUCAACAGCCAUGCUGCGCGUAUGAGCUUCCACGCGGCGAACCUGCAGCAGCAGUCGCACGGCCAGCCGCAGCACAACUUCGCGCUCGACCACAGCGCCCCGCCAGCGCGGACGACGCAGAACAAGGGCAGGAUACGGGAGGUCUGGAAGCACAACCUCCAUGAGGAGAUGGCGGUCUUGAGAGAGCUCGUCGACAAGUACCCUUAUAUUGCUAUGGACACCGAAUUUCCAGGCGUGGUAUCACGGCCAAUGGGAUCUUUCAGGGGAAAGAGCGACUACCACUACCAAUGCCUGCGCACCAACGUCGAUAUGCUCAAGGUCAUCCAGAUCGGGCUGACUCUAUUUAACGAAGACGGCGAAACACCUCCCGCGCGACCGAACUCCACCCAGGACUUAGAGCUUGGCGCCGCCGGCAAGAGGGCUGCGUCGCAAGGCCCCUUCCCCUACGCGUGGCAGUUCAACUUCAAGUUUUCUGUCAAGGACGACAUGUACAACGAGAAAUCGAUCGAAUCAUUAUCAAGCGCCGGCAUCGACUUUGCUAGCCUCGAGAGGGACGGCAUUGACCCCAAGGAAUUUGCUGCCCUCCUCAUUCCGUCCGGCCUCGUGUGCUUCGACAACGUGAAAUGGGUAUCCUUCCACGGCGGCUACGACUUUGGUUACCUCACCAAGCUCCUCACCUGCAACGAUCUCCCCAACGACGAAUCCGAUUUCGACCUGGUGAUGAAGUUGUACUUCCCGUCAGCGUACGAUGUGAAGCAUCUUAUGAAGCAUGCUAUAAGACUCCAUAACUCAGGAUUGCUCACCCCCAGCGAUCCGAGCAGCGCCGAUAUCCUCCAAAAGUUCGAGCACAAGUCCGGCCUCGAGAACAUCGCGGACUCCCUCAAGAUCAAACGCGUGGGCAAUGCGCACCAGGCAGGCUCCGACUCGUUACUUACAGGCAAAGUCUUCUUCCAGAUGCGGGAUAAGAUCUUCAACGGAGAGAUUCCCGAAGAACACGUCGGCAAGGUCUGGGGUUUGGGUAUUCCCGACCUCCUGAUCAUUGACCGCAUGCCGUUCGGCAACAAUGCCGGCAACCAGGAGCAGUCGCAGCAGGGCGCCAACGGACAGCAAAACGGCGGCGGGCCGAGCACCCCCAACACCGCGAGCGUCGGUCUUGCCAGCACACCCGCCGCGCAAGCCCACAACACGAACGGUCUCUCUAUGGGUCCAAUGACCCCGGGCGGCGGCGGCGGCGUCUUCGGAAACUUUGCCUUUGCCGGCAGCAGAUAA